UCCCACAAUGCUGCUGCCGCACCAGCCCGGAAGUAAGACGUUUAUUGACAAUAUGGCCGCUGUGCUGGGUUUGGAUUUGGAGAAAAUUGUGAUUUGACAGCACUCACCGGGGCUACGAUAAUAACCCGUUUCCACCUCGGGACUGUACAGAACAGAUGCAUUUGAAUGAAGGGACCCGCGAAUCCACGGGAUGGUGUCAGUGAGCUGAGGAAACGUCCAGAGUGUGAAACCCGUCAUGUCGUUUUUCAAGAGGAAAGCCAAAAGCAAAGAACCUGAGAGAGUGACUGAUGCUAAAGUCAACAGAGCUCCACCCAGCCCUCACUCUCCAUCACCAGGACUGAGGAACCACCAUGCCGUCCAGGAAUCUGCCGGGCCCAGCCAUGUGGCCAUUAACGCCAUCUCUGCCAACAUGGACUCCUUUGCCCGCGGUCGCACCGCCAUCCUCAAGAAACAGCCGAGCCACAUGGAGGCUGCACACUUCGGAGAUCUCGGUCAUUCCAGUGUGAACUAUCAACCCCAAGACGACCGCUCUCGGCUGUCCAAGACGGUGGAGCAUGUUUUGCGGGACAGCGUGGCGAUCCCCCACUACAUGCAUUUCAUGGAACACCAGGGGGCUGACCACCUGGUUCGGUUCUGGUUGGAGGCUGAGGGUUUCCGCUCUACCAGCUGGUCGCGGGUCCGAGCGCACAGCCUAAACUCUGUCAAACACAGCUCUUUGGCCGAGCCCGUCCCGGCCCUGUCAGGCGGCUCGGAGCUCCCGGAACUCGCCCAACACACGCCCGACGCUCUCAGCCGGGAAAGUAGCAGUGAAGAGCUGACAGUGCACUCAGAGCAGCGGGACUCCACCAGCACAGAAGCAGGCCUGAGACCCAGCACCCCUCGAGCAGACACCCCCAGCAGGCGGGCACCCUCCAGGACAGGGACUCCCCUCAAAGUGCAGUCCAACAGCACCCUGCGAGACCUCUCUGAACUCAUGAAAAGUAUAGAGAAGGAAGCGGUUACCAUCUUCACCAGGUUCAUCUCUCCAGAUGCUGUGAGGCCCAUCCCCAUCACAGAACAGAUCAGAAACGACAUAGUUGCUAAGAUAUGUGGAGAGGAUGGCAUGGUGGACCCAAACUCUUUUGUCAUUGCACAAUCAGUAGUCUUCAUCAUCUUGGAGCAACAGCACUUUAGCGAAUUCCUGCGAAGCCAUCAUUUCUGUAAAUACCAGAUUGAAGUGUUGACAAGUGGCUCCGUGUUCCUGGCUGACAUCUUGUUCUGUGAGUCAGCUCUCUUCUACUUCUCUGAGUACAUGGAAAAAGAGGAGGCGAUGAAUGUACUGCAGUUCUGGCUGGCGGCAGACAACUUCCAGAACCAGCUAGCAGCUAAAAAGGGCCAGUACGACGGCCAGGAGGCUCAGAAUGAUGCUAUGAUCCUCUACGACAAGUAUUUCUCACUCCAGGCCACCAAUCCUCUGGGCUUUGGCGACUCUGUGCGGAUGGAGAUCGAGUCGAAUAUCUGCCGAGAGGGGGGGCCGCUCCCCGACUGUUUCACCACUCCACUCAGACAGGCCUGGACAACCAUGGAGAAGGUCUACAUGCCAGGCUUCCUGUCUAGCAACCUUUACUACAAAUACCUGAGUGACCUCAUCAACUCUGUGCGGGCAGACGAGUUUGUGAAUGUCAACACUCCAGGUCAGGGCGGGCCUGCGGACAACGAGCGUUCAAGUUCAAAUGCCGGCGAGGGCUCUCAGACUCAGCAAGGUGCCAAAAGGGCAGCAAUCAAGAUCCUGAAAAACUUUGACGAGGCAAUCACGGUGGACGUGGCCAGCCUGGACCCCGAGUCCUUGUACCAGCGGCCAUACGCUGGAAGGAUGACGUUUGGGAAGGUGAAUGAGAUGGGCCAGUUCAUCAGGGAGGCAGAGCCAGAGCCGGACGUGAAGAAAUCCAAAGGUUCCAUGUUUUCUCAAGCCAUGAAGAAAUGGGUCCAAGGCAACUCGGACGAGGCUCAGGAGGAGAUGGCGUGGCAGAUUGCCAAGAUGAUUGUCAACGACGUCGUUCACCAGUCGAAUCACGACAGUCCCGGCAAGUCCACCAAGUUAUGACCGCGCUGAGCAGCCAAAGGACUGUCACUCCCUGCAGACGCUGGCCAAGCCAGUGAUGAACUGUACACAGGGUUCACUCCACAAUGAACUGCAUUACUCCGAUAACGAACAAGGCAUUCUAUCACCUCCCCGACCACCAUGUGUCUGUGCGUGUGUGUGAGCUUGGGUGAGUUAGUUCACGCAUGGGCUAAUGGUAAAGUUGAAGUACAUCAUUGUUCCAAUCUUCCAACUCCAUAAUACUACAAAGGUACACGUGCAGUCGCCAAAGGUAAAGCGCUUACGUCGGACUGGAGGAAGUCACUCCUGAAGAAUGGAAAAACGCACGCUUGAAGAAAAGCUGCACGAAGAAGCAUCAUGUCAGUCAGGACCAUCAGACACACCGUCUGGAAAAAAAACAAACGUCUGUCUUAUCUUGGACCUAUGGAGGAUGUGACAAAGACUGAAUUUCCCCUCAUGACACACCUCUCCACACCUUUUAUUACCAUUCCUUGUUUUUAGAUGAAAUUCUCCCUUUAAGGGUUAGCACGUAAGGCUUAAGCAGAAGAAAAAUCAGCGUUGUACAUUUUUUGCAUACGCCUCCCUCAGCCUGCCGGAGUAGUUCGGGUCUGGCUGUUCACCAAUGUGAGCUCUCCUACUUUGACUGUUUUUUACGUACUGUAGAACAUUUUGUGAAAUGUGUCAGUGAAACAGAGAAGAGCCGACUCAGUUCUUGGACCGGCUCGCUCCUAAAUGAAACUCCUGCAACCUUUUACAGAGCGUAAGAAGAAGAAAUACUCUCCUAAUGAACUUAAGUGCUCCAGUUGGUGUUGG